GGUGUAUAAAAGCAAUGACCAAACCAGAAAAAUUAUCAUUGACAACAGCGUUUGAAGAUUUAAAGCAACAACACAGAAAACAAUGAAUUUUUUACAAUUCUUCAUGGCAAUCAGCCUCUCCGCCCUUGCCUCCUGUGAAGUGAGCCGAGCCUACUUACCGGUUAGCAACCGGGAAAUGCCAUUAUCCGAUGAAGCCGUCGGCGAUCUAAUGGCCACCGAGAGCAAUAAUCUUCCACCACCCAAAACCAACGAUUUAAAUUCACCUGAAGUUCGACUCUUUCCGCCACUUACUCGCGAGGAUCGCACUUUUAAUCAUCACAAUUAUUACCAACAACAACUACAUCUGCAGCAACAGCAACACCAGCAAUUAUUACAAAAUCUAGGAGGUGGUGGUUUUUAUUAUCAAAAAUACUAUGGCGUGGUACCCUUGAGGGCUAUAUAUCUGGAUCGUUCGGGUGGUUAUGGUAAUAAGCUAGGAAAUGGAGGAAUUCAAGAAUUGGCAAAUGGUGUUUAUGUAUUCAAACCCCUAGACAACAGUAUAUUUGAAGGUGUUCCAGUUGGCAAUGGAAAAGGUUAUGUUUUCGAUAAAAAGUAUUGA